AUAUUUUGAGUUCAAUCUUCUUAUUUGUUCUAUAUUUUCAAACAAACAGAUACCUUCAACAUGUAUUUGGCAAGUUUUAAAGGCAGUAGAGAAAAAUAUCGACACAUACGUGUAGUAUUUACCGGCCGAGAUGGGGCCGGUAAGACGACAAUAUGCCGUCGUCUUAGGCAGGAAAAUGUCAACCUCAUGUCGCGCGACCCAACUAAGGGGGCUGUUUUACAUCCAAUGUGGUGCAGUAUCAAAGGAAAUAAAUGGGAACACACUAGUUCCAAUUCGAUAGUUGAAACUAUACAAACACGUAUGUCAGCCGUGAUGAAGAAAACGGUUUCAGGAUAUAAACGUGAUGUGUCGACAGAGUCCAGACACAGUGACAGUCAUAACGAGCCUUUCCUGUCGUUGUGGGAUAUGGGUGGACACAUGUCUUUUCAGGCAUCACACAAUAUUUUUCUAUCGCCGCACGGUGUAUACCUUAUUGUCUUCAGACUCACAGAUUUUCUCAGAGACAAGCUGGAAACUGAUCGACUCAAAAAGUGGAUCCGAUUGAUUGGAACAUUUUCAUCAGACGAAUUGAAUGCCCCAAACCGCACACAAAGGAUACUAGCACCUCCGCUAAUUUUCGUUGGCACAUUUCUUGAUGAGCUAAAGAAAACAUCCAAGGACUAUAACAAACAGAUAGAACACAUCAGGAAGAGCAUCACAAAAUUUCCAGAAUUGUCAACACUCCACUAUGUUAAGUUCUGUACCCUCGACAACAGCCUCGGCAAUGAUGAUGCAGAGCUAGAAACAUUGCGAGGAUUCAUAACAGAAGCAGCGAAACACCAGGAUCAGUGGGAGAGAGAGAUUCCUACUACGUGGUUAAAGUUUGAACUGGAACUAUUCAAAGCCAGGGAACAAGGAACAAGAAUACUUAAACUGGCGGAGGUGACUGAAAUGAAUGAAACAUCCGAGGCCCCAUUAAAGGAUGAAGAUGAGAUCAAACUUGCCCUGGAGUACCUUCACUGCACAAGGUCUGUGAUAUAUUUCCGGGAAUUCGACUUUGUCAUCACUGACCCCCAGUGGCUUGCUGAUUUCUUCAGCAUCCUCCUUACCGAUGCCCAGUUUCUUCCAACGAAUGAUCUGCUGCUAAACCGAGACUUGGAGUUGUACAUUUCAAAGGGCGAGUUAACCCAGAACUUGAUUGAAGGUCUUCUCUGUAUGAAAAAGAACGAAGCGUUCGCUCCCUUCAAAACAGUUCUCCUUGCUCUGAUGGAAAAGUUUGGAUUGAUAGUGAAAAUACUGCUAUCGAAAACCGCCACAAAAGGUGCACAAUUCAGCGAAACGUAUACCAUUCCCAGCAAACUUAUGGAGCUACAAGACAUCGAUGGCCUUACUGAUGAAGUCAAAUCCCUCAAGCGCAGAAAUCGCGCUGUCUCUAAAACGUUAUGUUUCGUAUUUGAUGACGCCUACGUACCAUACGAGCUUUUCCAUAGAACAUUUGCACGGGUUCUGAGGAAGUAUAGAACCACUUCAUUGACAACACAAUGCUUCGGGGAAGCGGCAGAAGGUAGCGAGUCGACGACAGAGAAUACACAUUGUCUCUAUAUGGAUUUUGGAUGCUUUGAGGUCGACGACCUAACCAGAAUGAUCUUGUCCCUGCACGCAGAGAGGUCCACCAUAGCCGUGACAGUGUUCAGUCCAACGGAAUCUAUGCUUCCUGCCAAUUCUGGUAAACGUGUUAGGCUCUCUAUCGAAGAUAUUCUCCAGGAAACACUUCAAAUGAGUAACCAACAACACUUCCAGUACUCACGCCAACUACACUGCAACUUCCACCUGAGUCCUUACGAUACCCCAGUACAGCUGUACGGCAUUAUCAACGCAGAAAGGGGCGUGCCCUGUAAAGGCGGAGAAUGUCAAGGACAACAUUGUCUGUCAAAAAUAGACGCUGACUAUUGGGACGUCACAGAGGAUGUAAAGACACAAGACAAAAACAGCAUCGCAGAAAGAAGGCCGACUCCCCGGGAACUUGGUCGUCUGUCACAACUAGUCGAUGUAUCUUCCUGUGAGAUGUUGUUUAUUGAGCUUGGCAUGACCUAUCCACAAAUCGAGCAUGCCAAGAAAGAUUCGCAUGCCCUGGCGUCAAUCACACUGGUCACCAAGAUGUUUCUACAAUGGACAAGCCUCUACCCGAAUCAGACGUUCCAUGACGUCAAAAGGGCCAUGGAAAAUGUUAAAAUGGCAACGGAUCGCAUCGCUGAGGUUAUAGGAACGAACGUGAAAUCAUCUUGUCAAGGUAUUGUUCCAAAUGAAGUCUGCAUCAGAGUCCCAUCUGAUGAUGAAAUAACACAAAUUGUUGAAACUAUUGACAAGAAGUUCUUUAACCUGUGUCUGGAGCUCGGACUAUUGCCUCCGGUUAUAGAUCAACAUCGGUGCCAGCAUAGCAUCUUCCAGGAAAUGAUGGUUGCUCUUCUUCGAUGUUGGAUAAUGAAAUACAAGCAGCAAGCAACCAUAGGCAGGUUGUUGACAGCGAUGGAGGUGUGUCAGAUGGACUGGCAUACAGCGGCACAAAUCUGGUCACAAUCUCAAGAGAAGCCAGGACACGAAGUUUGAAAUGUUUCAUUUCCUAAGUCAAGGAAUAUUGACAAAACGUAUUGUCCUUACAUGUUGUACAACUCUUAAUAAACUUUGGUAAAAACGGAGAAACCAUACAUAGAUCAAUGAUAUAUCUAAGACUCUCAAAGAAAGAAGGUUCACAAUGUGAUCGUACGGAAGCUCUGCCAGAUCAGUGACGGUGUUAAGUAACCAAUGCGUAUGGCAUUAUGUUCAGUGUGAAUUUAAACUCACAAUCAGACAUUGAAUUAUCCCACCUUCUAAUUGGUGGCAAAAUAAUGUAUGGACCAAAUACAUCAAUUUAGAGUUAACAUUUGUCUGGCAUCAGUCAACACUAUUUCGAUCAAAAAUGCUUAAGACAUAUUUCCAAUGAUUGCUGAAUUUUGUGUAUAUAGUUAAACGCAACACACGGUCAUGGCCAUGGCUGAGAAAGGUAUUGGUAACACAUUUAAUUUUCGUAAUUAAUGAAAAGUCUUAGUUUUAUGAUUUAGAAUAAAAAAAAUCGCCUGGUAUAUGUUCCAUCAGUGAUUUUUCAGUUAUAGUUGGUUCAACUGAUGAUGCGCUUCUCUAAUAAUGGGCAAAUAAAGAUAAUGCUACUUAUUAUAAAGAUCGUGAUUGUAAUAAGAUCAGAAUAAAUCAGCAAAAUGAAUAGUUGUUUAUUAUCAAAUUAGAAAUGCAAGAAAGGAAUGAAUAUAUAUAUAUAUAUAUAUUUAUAUUUGACCGCCUUCUGUAUGUCUGUUGCUCUAAACCCAGGAAGCUAAUAUUUUCCAUAUUUACGUUUUAUUCCAUUUGUAUACAUUUGGAACAGUUUUUUUUAUGACAUAUAGAUUAAAUUUGUAUUUUUAGCAUGGCUCAAUUGCAUUAUUAUCAUGUUUUGUUUGCUCUUCACAACAAAGGACGACAUCAUAAAAUUAUGAAAGUUUAAUAAUUUACGAGAGAGAGUAGAGGAUUAGAGGAAUUUUAUUCUAAUUUCAGUUACGUUUUUUUUUUAUCUAUGUAUAUGUUGCUUUACAUAUUAAUUUUUAAGUCCCCUUCCGGUGAAACCGGGCUGGUUUCUCUCCAUCUGUCAGUCAGUCUGUCUGUCAGUUCACUCAGUUGUCAAGGUCGUUGUUAUUACUUUUAGCAGGGGCCGGAAGGGGACAUGGAUUGCUUUAGCAAACUUUCAGAAUGCUUGUUAUCAAACAAAUUCUGUAUUCUUACAUGUACCACGCUAUUCAGAGUCCGAAAUAAAUAUUGUUUUAGAAUGGGGUAACUUUCUUCCAGAAUUAUCAGAAUCUGUUAUACAAAUUGUUCAUUGAGCUAAAAUGGAGUUACCUCUCUUUUUGUUUCGUAACAAUUGGUUUUCAAAAAAAAUACAAACGGAUUUUUUUUGGACGAUUUUACAAAAUCUGCCAUCAUGACCUCGGAAGACGUAUUCACCCAUAUUGUCUCGAUGGAAAGACAGUACACCAUGCAGUUUGUAGAACUAAAUAUUAUAUUUUAUUUCUUUAUGUGAAGAUGUCUAUAUUCACUUUAUUAUUAAAUGUCAUUAAGUGAAGCUUAACCCAAUCAUCUUGACAUCAAUGAUUGCUAGUUUUUAUUUCUUGUUUUAUUCAUGCCAAUCAUUACAACAGUAAUCGUUGUAUUAUUAAUAAUCUCUUUAUUGAUUUGUAUUGUUUUGUAUUUAACGUGCAUAAAUAACAAAUAAUUGAUUUUUUUGUACUUGAUUAUUUGAUUAAAGGUUUUGAUUUCGAUAAAAAUA